UUAUAAUAGACAAAUAUUAUUGCACUAAGACUAUAGCUCUUAACCAGGACCCUUAAAAGUAAGAACUGAAAAGGAUGGUAGAUAUAAAUACUGACCAAGUAAUGAGAAGUAGGAAGAGGCAAAGAUAUUGACAAGCCGCAGAAACAAAGAAACAGUUGAAAUAGAGAAUGGAGAUGGAGAUAGUGGCAGAGAAAGGAGGAGAAGGCAUAGCUGAACUAAUACAAUCACUUGAGCAAGCAACCCUAAUGGCUAAACAACUCCCCACCGCUCUAGAUUCUUCUCAACUCCUCCAAAUCCACUCUUCCCUUCGCUCUGCUCACCACCAUCUCUCCCUCUUGCUUUCCCAAUUCCAAUUCCAACACCCGAUGCCGCCACCACCUCCGGUUCCCGAGAAUUCCGUCUCUUCAGCCGUAGGUGGUGAGCCUAUGCAAGUUGGUGAUGCGAAUGAAAACGAGUGGAAUUCAGUUGAUGAUGUGAAUGAAAACGAGCAGAAUUCAAGGACUAGUGUUGAUGGAGUUGUGGAGAAGAUGAGGGAUUGUUUCAUUCAGAAUAAGAGACCUAAAAGACCUCUUUCCCCUGUCUCCGCUGCCGCUGAGCAGCGGCGGAGCUAUAUCAAGGAUGGUCCUGUUUUGGAAUUUGAUCCUCUUGGAACUAAGUUGAGGUCCUUGGAUCUUAUUUAUCAGUUUCAUUCUUGAACAACUCAACUCUGUACACAAUUUGAUUCCUUUUUUAUUGCUUUGAAAUUAUAGCUACAUUAUUGAGAGUGGAUAAAUAAUAUAUUCCUUAUUCCCCAAA